GGUGGCGUCAGACUCCCGGUAGCUUCGGUUAUUUCUUAAGAUUUAAGCAAUGUCAGCUACACGUUAUGAGCGAACACUGGAAUGUGGGGCCAUCGUCAACUAAACAUCUGCGUCAGAGAUGUGAGGAACAUGUUUUCUUCCACUAAAACCUGAAAAAGAUGUGUGUGUGUGUACUCUAGGGUACAUUAUAGGGGAACGGCCCCAUUCUACAUUUACAUUUUGCAGUGAACAUAAAAAUUCAGAUUAUAGCGUUCGGGUGCUACGAAAGGGGUUUCCAGUCAUCUUAUAAAGGUGUUAGACGAUCGGCAUUUGUCUUUAUUCUUCCGUUUAUAGGGAAAAUAUGGGAGGCUACAGAGAGAUGCUGCUAGAUGGAGGAGCUCAUGCUUUUCAAGAGUUUCUCACAAUGCAAUGUUUGCCUAACCCUUGAACUGUACCAACAUGUUCGUAAGUAUUCUAGACAUCAUGUACGUAUCGUAGUAUUAUCAUCAAAACAUCCGGUAGAGGGGUCAGUAAACUUAAGGAGCCUGUUCCUACUACGAUAGACCAGACGAGCCCAAUCGUGUUAGGGUGGCGGUGGUUGAAGUUGCAUUCAUCAGGCGGAGCAGAAGCGAUGGUCGGCGUGCUUGCGCGGUGAUGGCGAAGGCAGGUAACGCGGUGUUGGCGCGGGUUGAGCGUAGUAUUUUGCGUGCAGAGAUACUGUGAGGCGGUGGACGCGGCACUGGUGCUGCAGUGUUGCAGCGGCCAAGGUGAGUAGUGCCGCGCCGAGCUCGCUGCUGGUGGUGGUGCUACUGCAUGCGUCCGCUACCAGGUGUCUCGCACUCACAGUACGUACUCGCGCUCACAAUAUCCACAACUCUCCCACCACCUGCACCGAGCACUCGUGGCUCUCCUGGGAGGCCCUCUAUGCCUCCUGCAAGCAGACAGUGCUGUGCUUGUAUUGAUUGCUGAGUGGAGGUGACAAGAAGUGUGAGAGUGAGGAGGAGGCAGCACACAGGCAGGCUGCCAGCCAAGCAGAGUGUGAGUGGUAUCUGUGCCAGCACUACAGUGAGGCCGCGCUCCCCACCGCCGUCAGCCAGUCCCCCGCUGCCCACUAGUCCAGGGGGAUGCUUGCUGCACCGCUCUCGCUCCCGCGACAACCUCAGUGACAACUUGUGCUCUAGUGGGUCUCUAACGCAGUGUCUCACAUUCCUCUAGUUACUGAGUUUAUUCCGAAGGAUAUUGUGCAAAAGUGGUGUACAUUUGUGUCAAUUUUUUCAAUAGUUUAGUGAGCGAAAACUUUGUGUUGGGAAUACUCUCAUGCACCAUGAUUAUGUUACAGAAAGCUCAUGAUAGUAUGAUCACUUGAUCGAACAACUUACCUGUGAACUCCACCUGACAUUGUGUGGUUUAACCAUUACCCUGUCAAGAAUUAUCCAGUUUCUUCAAGUUUUGGUGUUGGUGGAGGGACGUCGGCCCUACAGAAGAGUGCUUGAUGCUUUCUGCUGCUAGUGAUCCAUUACCCAUUGGCAUUACAGGGGAGGAAGACGGAGAAAUGGUCCGGAAUGGAGAUGAGAAAAAUAGGAUGGAUGUGAGGCGGUAUGAGCUGCGGUGGACGCACCACCAGUCCACUGUGGUGGCAGAGGUGGGGUCGCUGUACAGAGAUGCCGCCUUGGUGGACGUCACUCUAGCCUGUGAGGACCAGCGCACUUACCAGGCUCACAAGCUGGUCCUCUCAGCAUGCUCACAAUACUUCCAGGGUCUCUUCUCGCGGCACUCCGCACACCAGCAUCCCAUAAUCUUCCUCAAGGACGUGAGUGGAGAUGAGUGCGAGGCGCUGCUCACAUAUAUGUACCGCGGGGAGGUGUCUGUCAGCCAUGACCAGAUACACCGCAUCCUCCGUGUGGCAAACUCUCUUCAGGUUCGGGGGUUGGCAGAUAUGGACCAAUCAUCAUCCCGGCCAUCUUCCCCAGCAGGGGACAGGACUGGUCAAUGUCCUUCAUCCUCCCCCUCCCCUAGCACCGGACCUCCCACCAAAUGUGCCACCCCAGUUAGUGAACCUCAAUCCCCUAAUCCUCCCCCAUUAGUAAACCCUCAAAUUUCUGUUGGAGCCUCCAGUCACCCAGCUCUAUCUCUUCCACAUGGAACUUCAGAUCCCUCCUCAGUAAGACACACAUCAGCAGCAGCAGGUGUCCUAACUGCAGCAAUAGCAGGUACAAGACCCCAUCAAGGUCCCCCUCCCCACCCCAUGCAUCCAGAGUACCCCCAUCCAUACUCCUUGUUACCCCACCGCCCAUACGAUCUCCCAGGUGCAUCAGGACCCUCACUCUUGUCUGUCAGUGAGGCAGAUGUCAACAGAGAUGAUCUUCCCAAAUGUCCACCAAGUGUUAUGGCAAGAUCACCUUACUCUUCUUUGCGUGUAAAACCAGACUUGGGUGGAAACAACUGGGAUAGUACAGUGGAUGUAACGGGUGUGUCUCCACUGCCUCUAGGAGAUCCCUCACGGCCUGCAUACCCUCUUCCUACAGCCAUCUUCAGUAGUUUUCUUCAGCAUGAUCCUCACUCAGCUGGCUCACAACCCCCAUAUGGGAGAAUGUUCCCAAUCAGUGACCCUCUUCGUCGGCUGGACCGGCUCAGCACGCCAGGGAAUGACACACGCAUCCAUAAAUGCCAGUAUUGUUCUCGCAAGUUCAAGAGGAAGGACCAUCUCAAGACUCACAUCAGGAUCCACACUGGGGAACGGCCAUACAAGUGCAAGGUCUGCGGCCGGGGGUUUAUCCAGAGCCAGCAGGUUAAAAUUCACAUGAAAGUUCAUGUGCGAGAAGAUUCAUCAGGUGUAGGUGCUCCAUCAUCCCUUGGACCUGGUGGAGGUGGGGGUAGUGUCCUUCCAUCUCUCUACUCAGAUCUUGGGGGACCAUUUGGUGACCAGCCAGGAUUGGGUGCCCACCAUAAUGACCCCAACACUGAUUUAGAUCAGUCUACAGACAACAAUCCUCCUGAUAAUGACUCUGAAAAUGAGUGUAGCUCAGAGAUUGCUGAAAUGGAUUAUGAUGCUCGAAUACAACAAGACAGUGGCAGUGGGGGACCAGGUCGUACUCCACCAACACCCAACCCUUCAUCUGUGGGGGUACGUGAGCACAAGACCCCGUCCCCACAGUCCCCUCCUGGGACUGUGUCAAGGAGCCACCCCACCCCCCCGGAUGACCAGAGCUGCAGUGCCAUGUCUCUGAAGGAAUCAUAUCAUAUAGGUAGCAAUAUAAAAAAAUGAUGGCUAAUGUGCUGUGAUGAUAGAGGCUUUAAUUAAGUAACUGUUGAUUAUACUAAUUGUUUUUGUUGCCAAUAUGCAUUUCCAUACCAUCAGAAAUUUUCUGGCUUCAGUGUUAAUUCCUUCAAAAGCAUAUCGAUGGCAGGAAUCAUACAACAGCCAUGGCUCAACUUGACACACAGCUUACCAUUUCAACCCUAAUGUUCAAUUUCAAUUUACUGCAAUAAUACUAUAGCUGGAAUGUUUGCCUAACGGACUUCAUAUAUCCCCCUAGCCAUUGUUAUGUAACAUACCAAGUGAGUAGUACCAGUGUGUGAUAAAACACGCAUGAUGGUCUGUGAUCUGUUUGUAGGAGGAUUUUUUUCUACUUAAACUAGGUACUCAACCUGGCUCGUGCGUGCAAUAUGUAAUUACACUGGAACUCUGGGAAGUAUGGAGACUUUUAGAGGUUAAACUCAGCCCUUUGAGUUGUUUUGCUUCUUGUUUAUUUCAUUUCUUAUAUUUACAUUCUUUAUAUCUCAUUUUCAUGGAAGGAUAUUUUUUUUCCCAGCAUUAAUUUAUAUAUUAAAAUAUGCUCAUUAGAUCAGCAAGUACUUCUCACAGACUUUGUUUCCACUUACUUUUACCCAUUAUUUAUGGUUUGAGAAGACCAAACUCCCCUAGUUUAGAUAACAUACUGAUAUAUUCUUCCUCUAAUCCAGACACCUUGUAACUAGAAAUAAGUUUUUUUUUUUUUCUUUUUUUUUUUUUACAUAUUGGUUUUGCUUUCACAUGGUAUGAUGUGUUACUCACUGGCAUAUUGGCUUGUUAUUCAAUACAGUCCACCAUAUUAAGCUGUAGAUUAUACUGCAACAUGACGAAGUGACCAAAUCCUUCUUUUAUAAAGUAUAACAUUUUAAUAUUAAUAAUGAGUUGCAUACCAGAGAUGGCACAGGUACUCACCAGACAAUUUUUUUCAUCACAGCUUUGCAGUUAUUAACUAUCAAUGAAAUUUAUUUUUAACAUAGUUUAGAUGAAAGCCCUUACACACACACACACACACACACACACACACACACACACACACACACACACACACACACACACACACACACACACACACACACACUGUUAUUUACAAAGGGAGUUUGGUUUAUCAGUGAGAUCUCAUCAUAGUAGGGAGUAGAAAAGACUUGAACCCAGUGCCACCUUUUGUUGGUUCUUGAAAAGGACUAGUAUAACAUAUCUUUAACCUUUUUUUUUGCCAAGUUAUGGAGUUUAACUUCACCAAAGGUAUUUACAUUUUUUUUUCCUUUUUUUUUUCAGUAGGAUAGGAUCAUCUGCUAUUCUUUCAUUCCCUGCUCUGCUACAAAUCCCAGUGAGGGGUGAGGCUUAGGUUUUGUUAAUUUUAUUUUAUUUUUAUUUAUUAUUUUUUUACUUAUUAUUUUAUUUAUUUAUUUAUUUAUUUAUUUAUUUAUUUAUUUAUUUAUUUAUUUAUUUAUUUACCCUCCAACUGGUGCAUGACAAAGGGGAGCUUGUAGUUUGUCUUUUUGAUGUGAAGACAGAGUUGGUGUUUUUUCAAAGUCUAAUUUCUUUUUAUAUUCAAUACAACUUGCAUCACGUACAGUGAAAAACUGUAAUUUACUAUGAAACAUUGCAGAUCAAUUACAUAUCAUGUCUGGAUACAAGUUACAUAUCACAUAUCAUAUCCAAAUUCAUACCUGAAGCAUAUCAUACACUCCUGUAUCAUUUUCUAUGGUUAUUUGUGGUUGCCCUUCAUUUGAUGAAAAUAUCUCUAAAUGUAUACAUAUGAGACUUAAGCUAGCCAUUACUUGUAAUGAAUCUUUGACUAGAAUAAAAAUUUCUUUUACUGUUUCGUAGGAACGUAUAUAUAUAUUUUUUUUUCUUUUUUCACAAACCAGUGUUUAUAUAAUGCAGCACACAGUAGGACUGAUUAAUAUUGAUAAACAGUAGAGAAGUUCCACUUAAGUACCUAAAACCUAUGGUGUGUUAACCAACAUUGCUUGAAGUACUCUAAUCAUGUAAUGUCAAAUGAGCAGUAAUGAACUUUGGUUAAUUCAGUGAUGGGAUAUUUCACCAUUUCCAGAAAAGAAAUAUCUUCAUAUUUUGACAACCCAAGUUCAUAAUCCACAUUUGCGUUACAAUUUAUUGGCAAUACAGAAAAUGGCGCAUGGAUCCAGAAUGUGAUGAGCCUCACCCCUUGAGCUAUGUCUGCCAACUGUUCCAAGUUGCUGGUGAUUCAAGUUACAGGAUAUACCUUUGAUCACAUUCCUUUCCAAGGCUGUGGAUCUUGAAUAUGAUGAUUGUUACUGUCUUUUUAUUCCAUCAUAUAUUCAUUCAUAUCAUUCUGUCAUCUCCUUUGAUACUUUAUUUCCACUUUUCCUAGCUCUGUUCUUAUUGUCAUUUGCAUUUCAUCAGAAAUGUGUCCUGAACAACUCUUUGGGGUCCUCUGUAGUUUACUUGUUUUGAUUUUUUUUCUUUUGUGUAUCAUGUUAUAGAAUAUUUUAAAAGCAUUUUGGUCAUGUUAACAUAAAUUCAUUCUCAUCGUGUGUGUUAAUUGGCCAUGUCCUACUACAAAUUGAUCCAGUGACAAUAAUGGCACUGUUGGCAGGCAGACUCCUGUUAAUGUUGAUAUUGGUCUGGGCUGUGAUUUAGUGUAUGCAAGCGCUGGAGAUGGUUAGCUAGGUCAAAGGUCAAACGAUGUGACAAAGUUUGUCUGGUGGGCAGAAUGCUCGGAGGAGAUAGAACUGCUUCACUCACCAUGUAUACGAUUGGAACCCCCUUGGCAGGGACCAUAGGGCCUCCUCAUGAGGCUUCGAUAACAAUGACAAUGUUGUUUGGAAAAUACAUACUAUAAUAGCUCAAUUUAAUAGUUGCAUGUGUGCAAUCAUAUAAUUCUUAUACCAUUUUCACUGUAAAAUAUUGUAUUCCAUUUUAUAUACAGGUGUUUUAUGAGUUUCAUAAGCUAAUGGUAAUCACCAUUGUCAUUAUUAUUAAAGUUAAAUAGAAGUCCUGUGUACAUUCAAGGCUGAUGGCACAAGCUGUGUAAAGUUUCACCUUUCUAACAUUUGUGGUUUUACAUAAUGUUGAUAUUUGCAUUGCUUAUAGUGUGAGCACAUGUUUGUGUUGAGGUAUUGUCCUGCUCAGGUGCAAGGGUCACCUGUGGAAUGGUGCAGCAGUGAACCAGACUCUGCCUUGGGGGUCCCAAUAUCCGCCUUCUGGCUACAGGGUCAGGGGUAGUUUUACCUGUAUAAAUAUCAAGACAUUGUUAGCUUAUAUGCUGUUAAUGUUGACCUUGAUGUAAAACCUAUGUUAUUUGUACCAUUAUCUGUGUAAAUUAUUGUUAUGACAAGUAGGUGGCUGUACUAAGAUGUGAUAUGCCAUUGGCAUAAGGGCAAACCUUGCUCACAACCGUAGCUUCCAGCUGCACAAUAAGUAUGACUUAGAUGGCAAGAUUAGAUAAUGCACAAAGCAGUGUUAAGACUGAAGGUUGUUAGCCAAAGGUUAGGCAUGCAUGCCUAUUUUUAGGGAGCUUUGACCUCUUUAUACAGGGUUAUGUUCACCAGAGUUAGUUAAAACAAGACAGUUAUAUAUUGUAUAUAUGUGCAGAGCCCAUAUAUACAAGAAAUGUGUUAGUCUUGAUACAUGAUCAAUGACAUGUCUCAUAGUUUGCCACUGCUUUGACAGCAUCUGAUUUUAUAAACUCUAAUACACCACUUUCUCAAAUUGCAACUGUGGUAAUUGGUCUCCCUUAGUUCUUGACUAAAACUAGUUUUUGUAUAGGAGAUGAACAACGAAUGGUGAGCUUAUCGUGUAGCUGGCAGCUGUGCUCUUAGCUGUGGCGCUGAGACAGCUACAAUGUGUUCAGUUCUGCUUUCAACGAGUUGGUAUCCUAACCAGGCAGCACUGCCGGUUACUUCACAGCUGCCCACAUAAGACUAUGCCCUGGUUGAUGCUUUAUGCAGACAAAGCUUGAAAUAAAAAUUAAACAUUUUCCCAAAUGCAUAAUAACAAAUAGAUUUUCAUGCACUAGUGCAUUUGUGAAACCUUUGUGCUUCCUUUUAGGUUAAGAAACUUUAAAUAUGUUCCCUUAAAAACUAAGUUCAUCACCAGUGAUUACAAAACAGAGAUAUAUCAUGCAUUUUAUCAUUGACUUUUUUUUAAUUUGACCUCACAGUGGUGUGAAAAUCUAAUCUAUAUGGCUGUGGGAAAAAUGUAAUGCUUAAAUAACAGAGAAUCUGUACAUAACAAUACUUUCCAAACAGACAAAACUGUCAGGUAUUCCUAUGUGGGCAGCCAGGGCUCAUUUUAAUAGUGUUUCCACAACAUAUCAGAUAUGAUCCCUCCUUUUUAAACUGCCAUCAUUUGUAGUUGUUACUCUAUGAUCCGUUUUCCUUGUAGACAAUAGACAGGUAGGAUGACCCACGGGCGGGCCGCUUGUCACCACAUUGCCAGGCAGAGCUGGUGGUUUGGGAAAUCAGGAACUUUACUGUACUUCUCCUAUCAUGUGAAUGUGCAGAAUGCCAAUGAAGUAAUUAUUGUCAUGAUUACAAAGGAGAUGGUGUAUCAGUUGUGAAUAUAUAAUGGAAUAAGAACAAAGUCAAGAGGCCAUUUCUUAAAAGAUCAGCUUCAAAAAAUCCCAAGUUGCUUGUGGUAUUGUAUACGUUUUUGCUGGGUAAUGUGGCAGUGGAUUGUCACAGCGUAGAACAGAUGCAGCAGUCUGCUACCAUAUCUGCAAGCAACUAUUUUUAUGGGAGUGCAAAUAAUGGGAGUUAGUGGAUUGGCCUGUGAUGAUUAAACAAUUCACAUAUUAGUAUUUUUUCUAGUCAUUACAAUUUGGAUCAUUUAUUUAUAAUACAGAUUCAUUCCAAAAAAUUGUAAUUGGGGAUAAUUUAUAUUGUAUAUGGUAUUACCAUGUAAAAUGACAAAUCUUCCAUUUGAAAACAUUAUGUGGCCAGGGGUCCCUCUGUUAGCACUGGCUGUUAAUGAAAAUUUUCCAACUAAUUAAACACUGCAGUAUAUAAAUAUAUAUAUAUAUAUAUAUAUAUAUAUAUAUAUAUAUAUAUAUAUAUAUAUAUAUAUAUAUAUAUAUAUAUAUAUAUAUAUAUAUAUAUAUAUAUAUAUAAUUUCAUACAGUUGCAGUUCUUUUGAUUUUUUUUUUUUUCUUAAUAUUAUAAUUUGUAUUUUCUUCAUUGUAGGAAGUUCUGAUAUGCUUUAGUAAUUUCUUAGACACAGGUCUUGACAACUUUCAUGAACAUUUGUUUGACCUUUGGCUUGAGUGCAAAAAAAUUAAUGCAUCACUAUUACUGUUGCUGCCACUAAUUACUACUACUACUGUUAUUAUUAUCAUUAUCAUUAUUAUCAUUAUUAUUAUUAUUAUUAUUAUUAUUAUUAUUAUUAUUAUUAUUAUUAUUAUUAUUAUUAUUAUUAUCAUUAUUAUUUCCUAAGGUCAGCUUUCUUUGCUUCCUUUUAGUUGUAUUGUUAAUAUAUUACUUAGGACAGAAAUAGUUAACUUUUUUUAUACAUAACAUGCUGACCCAUGUUAUAUAUAUAUAUAUAUAUAUAUAUAUAUAUAUAUAUAUAUAUAUAUAUAUAUAUAUAUAUAUAUAUAUAUAUAUAUAUAUUAUUCAUUACAAGUUAUAACAUUUUUAUGGCAGAUAAAUUUAUAGAUGACACAAGGAAACCUAUCCUAAACUCUUUCAUUUUUCAAACAAUAUAUUCCAAAUUUCACUGUUACUGUUGGAAAACUUUCAAUAUAUAUAUAUAUAUAUAUAUAUAUAUAUAUAUAUAUAUAUAUAUAUAUAUAUAUAUAUAUAUAUAUAUAUAUAUAUAUAUAUAUAUAUGCAAUACUGUACAGGGUAGAUUACAGGGGACCCCAGAGUGCUUGACUUGCCUGUGAUAGAAUGUGAAUGGUGGAGGGCAUCCCAUCUGUAGUAGUGUUUACCAGUCAGUGGUCAUUAAGACGGCGGUCUCUAAACGCAGAACCCACUACUGGCAUCACCUGCAGACAAAAUCAAAACUUCAAAGUUUAUAGGGAUGUUCUUGAAGAGUGUUCAAGGCUCUGCUGGUAUGAUGAAAGCCAGUGGCAAAUGGAGAAUUAGUUUUAUUCACUUGUGAUGUGUUUUUACGAAGAUCUAGUUUUAGUCAGUUGAGUGAUUAAAAGUAUGGACCUUU